AUGCACCUUCAAUUUCUGGCCAGAGGGCUCUGCUUCCUCUUGCCCUUUUUCGUACAACCUACUCUCGCCAUGCCACGGCUCAGGAAGAGCUACACACCUCGGCCAGUCUCAACUGUCUUUCAGCUCGGGCAAAACAAUACCUGGUUUGAGAAUCUCGCUGUGCGGUCAAAUGGCAACAUACUUGCCACACGAAUCGACAGCCCAGAGCUUUGGUCCAUUGUCCCAAGCGGCAACAGUAGCCAGAUAGGCCAUGGCUCUCGUCUGAUGAAGUUUCCAAACGCUACGAGUACUAUGGGAAUUGCAGAAAUCGACCACGACGUGUUUGCGGUACUUACUGGCAACGUAUCUCUCCCUGCCAUCAAUCCGACCCCAGGGUCAUUUGUUGUCUGGACUGUCAACCUCACCACUGCUGUGCCUGGGGUCAAGAUUUUAGCAGAUAUUCCAGGUGGUCAAUUUCUGGAUGGAAUGACCAAGUUCGGCAACGAUCUCCUCUUGAUUUCCGAUGCUCUCAAGGGGGUAAUCUGGCGCCUCAACAUCACAACAGGGGAAUCUUCGCUAGCUUUGUCAGAUACGUCAAUGCUCCCUGCUGCUCAUCAGCCGGUCCAAGUUGGCGUCAAUGGAGUUAAGGUGUGGCACAACUAUCUCUACUUUACUAGCACCAGCCAGGAGAUUUUUGCGCGUGUACCACUCAACGCAAACGCGACGGCUGUGGGACCCGUCGAGGUCAUCACCAGUGGGUUUGCGUUCGACGAUUUUAUUCUGACACCAAAUGGAACGGCCUAUCUGUCGACAAAUCCCGAGAACGAACUGAUUCAAGUGUCGCCCCAGGGACGUGUUCGUUUGUUCGCAGGAUACCAGUUCAUGUUGUCAGUUGGCGGGUCAACUGCUGUUGCUGUCAACCCCGAACAUUCUAUGAUGUACGUUGCAACCAGCGGGGCACAAUUUGCACCAGUUUUGGGACGGAUGGAACCUGCGAAGAUUGUUUCCAUUCGCUUAUAG